GGGGCCGCGGGAGCCGAGGGGUCGCUGCAGGUUCGCUCUCCCGUGCGCUAGGCUUGGUGGGAAGGCCUGUUCUCCAGUCCGCGCUUUUCGUUGUCGCCAUGUCCGGAGGUGGUGUGAUUCGUGGCCACAACGAUUGUCGCAUCUACGUGGGUAACUUACCUCCAGACAUUCGAACCAAGGACAUUGAGGACGUUUUCUACAAAUACGGGGCUAUCCACGACAUCGAUCUCAAGAAUCACCGCGGGGGACCACCCUUCGCCUUCGUUGAGUUCGAGGACCCGCGAGACGCGGAAGACGCGGUAUAUGGUCGCGACGGCUAUGAUUACGAUGGAUACCGUCUGCGGGUCGAGUUUCCUCGAAGGGGCCGGGGCAGGGGUGGAGGUGGCGGAGCACCCCGAGGCCGCUAUGGCCCCCCAUUCAGGCGAUCUGAGAACAGAGUGGUUGUCUCUGGAUUGCCUCCAAGUGGAAGCUGGCAGGAUUUGAAGGAUCACAUGCGUGAAGCAGGUGAUAUAUGUUAUGCUGAUGUUUACCGAGAUGGCACUGGUGUCGUGGAGUUUGUGCGGAAAGAAGAUAUGACCUAUGCGGUUCGAAAACUGGAUAACACUAAGUUUAGAUCUCAUGAGGGAGAAACUGCCUACAUCCGGGUUAAAGCUGAUGGGCCCAGAAGUCCAGAUUAUGGAAGAUCUCGAUCUCGAAGCCAUAGUCGUAGCAGAAGCCGUAGCAGAAGCAACAGCAGGAGUUGCAGUUACUCCCCAAGGAGAAGCAGAGGAUCACCACGCUAUUCUCCCCAUCAUAGCAGAUCUCGCUCUCGUACAUAAGAUAAUUGGUGACACUUUUUGUAGAACCCAUGUUGUAUACAGUUUUCCUUUACUCAGUACAAUCUUUUCAUUUUUUUAAUUCAAACUGUUUUGUUCAGAAUGGGCUAAAGUGUUGCAUU